AAAAAUAGAAUUAGAAAUAUUUCUCAAAAUAUUUUCCACGUUGCAAAGAAGUUAUUAAAAACUAAACAACGUGAAAGUGGGUACCAAUACCAUAUUAUUACUUUUUACUUUGAUUUUUAAUCAUAACGCAUUGACCUUGAGUGCAGACCGGUAUAAAGUGCUUCAUAUCUUAAACAGUGCUUCUUGCAAGUGGUGCCUAUUUGAAAUAUCUUGAAGGUUAAUUGCGAUGAAGUGCUUUUUAAAAUAUACGAAAUUUUGUGAUUUUCCAAUCGAAAAUUUGCCCUAUGGAGUUUUUUCCACAGCACAAAAAACCACGCCAAGGAUCGGAGUUGCCAUAGCCGAUUCAAUUUUAGACUUGAGUGAAGUUUCUCAUCUAUUCACUGGUCCUGAAUUGGGUAAUCAUCAACAUGUUUUUAAAGAAGAGACCCUGAAUGGCCUAAUGGCAUUGACUCCAAAGGCGUGGAAAGAAGCCAGAGACACGAUCCAGAGUAUCCUUUCUACUGAUAAUCCUGUGUUACAAAAUAAUAAGGAGCUAAAGAGUAGGGCUUUUGUAACUCAGUCAGAUGCCACCAUGCACUUACCUGCCAAAAUUGGGGAUUACACAGAUUUUUACUCAUCUAUACAUCAUGCUACCAAUGUUGGUAUAAUGUUUAGAAGCAAAGAAAAUGCUUUGAUGCCCAAUUGGAAACAUAUGCCUGUAGGUUACCAUGGUAGAGCUAGCUCUGUGGUAAUUUCUGGUACGUCCAUUCAUAGACCUAAUGGACAAACGUUACUAAUGGAAGGAAAUAAGAUUGGUGAACCCAUUAAAAUCGAAAACGCACAAGACCAUAUCUUUGGAUACGUUAUUAUGAAUGAUUGGAGCGCAAGAGAUAUACAAAAAUGGGAAUAUGUACCUUUAGGACCUUUUUUGGCCAAAAACUUGGGAACUACGAUAUCUCCAUGGGUUGUAACCACUUUUGCAUUGGAACCAUUUAAGACCAACAACUAUCCCCAAGAUCCUCAACCUUUGCAUUACUUGAAGCAUUCAGACAACUUUAAUUUUGAUAUAAACCUUCAGGUGGAUCUGGCACCCAAAGGAACCAAUGUAUCUACAACUGUUUGUCGGUCCAAUUACAAAUAUCUCUAUUGGACGUCCAAACAACAACUCGCCCACCAUACCAUAACAGGUUGCAAUGUUAACCCCGGGGACUUAAUUGCUUCCGGUACAAUCAGCGGAGAGGUAAAUUUUUAAUUCAUUCUGAUAAUUGAAUAAAUU